AUGUUGUCAAGAACCAUAAAAAGAGUGUUCGUCUAUCUGGCAAUAAUUGCAUUGAUACUAACAAUAAGGAACACUACUCAAAACAUGUCAUCUAAAAAACUUAUUACAUCACCAGUGGUAAUCAUUGGUUCUGGUCUAGCAGGAUUAACCACUGGGAACCAAUUAGUUACAAAACAUAAGAUCCCAAUUAUCUUACUUGAUAAAGCAUCAUCAAUUGGUGGCAAUUCCAUCAAGGCAUCAAGUGGUAUAAAUGGUGCUCUUACAAACACACAAGAGAAAUUUCAUAUAAAUGAUUCACCAGCUGCAUUCUACAGGGAUACACUCAAAUCAGCAAAGGGUAAGGGAGUUCCUGAUUUAAUGAAUAAGUUGUCAAGAGAUUCAAAAUCAGCCAUAUCUUGGCUUCAAAAUGGGUUCGAUUUGAAACUAGAUCUUUUAGCACAAUUAGGAGGACAUUCCUUUCCUAGAACACAUAGAUCAUCAGGUAAGAAACCUCCUGGAUUUGAAAUCGUUUCCACUUUGUCUGAAAAAUUGAAAGAUAUUCAAAAGCAAAAUCCAAAAUUAGUACAAAUUAAAUUAGAUAGCAAAGUGAUAGGAGUCAAUGUCGAUACAAAGGGCCAAGUUUCAAACGUAGAAUAUACUGAUUCAGAUGGCAGUGUUCAAAAAAUUGAAACUUCAAAUGUGGUUUUCGCAUCUGGAGGAUUCGGUUUCUCAAAGGAAAUGUUACAAGAAUAUGCUCCGCAUUUAAUUAAUUUACCAACCACCAAUGGGCAACAAACGACAGGUGAUGGUCAAAAGAUUCUUCAAAAAUUAGGUGCUGAUUUAAUUGAUAUGAAUCAAAUUCAAGUCCAUCCUACGGGGUUUAUUGAUCCUAAUGAUAGAUCAAGUAAUUGGAAGUUCUUAGCUGCAGAAGCUUUAAGAGGUUUAGGUGGUAUUUUAAUUAAUCCAUUAAAUGGGAAACGCUUUGUUAAUGAAUUGGAAACAAGAGAUAAUGUUACAAGGGCUAUUCAAACGUACUGUCCACAAGAUGAAAAUAAAGCUUUGUUGAUUAUGAGUGAGAAAGUGUAUGAAAAUUAUAAGCCAAAUAUGGAUUUUUAUAUGUUUAAGAAUUUAAUUAGGAAAAUGUCCGUUAGCCAAUGUCUCAAAGAAUUUAAGCUUCCAAUUUCUGAAAUUGAUUUCAUUGAUGAUUUGAAGCUAUAUUCAUCUACUGAAGCAGCGGAUCCAUUUGAAAGACAAUCAGUAAUUAACACCUUUGGUUCUAAUAUCAAUCAUGAAACAAUGAUCUAUGUGGGAGAAAUUACACCUGUUGUACAUUUUACAAUGGGUGGAGCUAGAAUAAAUGAGAAAUCUCAAGUUGUCAAUAAGAGAGGAGAAGUAUUAGCACAUGGAUUAUACGCUGCAGGUGAGGUUUCAGGUGGAGUACAUGGGGCCAAUAGAUUAGGUGGUUCCAGUUUGUUGGAAUGUGUCGUCUUUGGAAGAACUGCAGCUGACAAUAUUGCUUCAUCAUACAAAAAAUAA